GGCCAGCUUCCGCAGAUGGGCUGUGCCAGAGAUGCCCACCAGCAGGGCCGCUCCCACCACCACCCUGUGCGGAAGAGGCCCAUUUCAGGCAGGAGCAGCUGGGCCUGGCUCCUGAGCCGCCUGGGAGGCAAGCCCAGCAGGGGAGAACAGGGCCCUCUUCUCUUUGGGCUGGGGGGGGAGGGUGAAGGGAGCGGGCCCGGGCUCUUCCCUUCUCCCCAGGGCCCAUCCGCCCGCUGGGACUUUCCCAGCCGGUUCUCCCCUUCUUGCGGGAAGGCCAGUCCUGCUGCCCAUCAGCGGAUGAUCCAGUUGCGUCAGAAUGCUGAUCGCCACCUCCCUCCCACCUCCGUUUCUUUGGAGCCCCUGCAGGUGGGACGCUUUCCAGAAGUGCUGGCUGGCGGCGUCCGGCAGGACACCCUAAAUUUAGACUCUCUGACAAAAGCCCUGGAAGGCGGCCGAGCGGCUCGGAGGCUUUUAAAGGCUCUGCAGCUCCUGGUGGCUCUGUCGGGUGAGACUUGCUGGGCACAGCUUCCAGAGGGGAGGCCCGCGCCGACUGCUCCCUGUUGGCAGGCAGGAAGACGAGCCUGGGUGGAGGGUCCCGGCUUCUCCAGCGCUGAUCUGCUUGGACACCCGCCCCCUCGGAGCUCACACCUUCAGUACCCUUGUCUGUUUUCUGGGCAGGACGCAACCAGGCAGGCGGCCAGCGCCAUGGAGAAGGCCCAUGGGAUGUUCGACAACACGUUGGGGGGCUUCCUGAGGCCCCAUCCAGAGCCCCGGAGCUUCUCAGGCCGGGCUGGUGGGAUGGGAAACAUCAAAACCUUGGGGGAUACGUACCAGUUUGCGGUGGAUGUCAGUGACUUCUCCCCUGAAGACAUUAUUAUUACCACAUCAAAAAACCAGAUUGAAGUCCGUGCUGAGAAGCUGGCGGCCGACGGGACCAUCGUCAACACGUUCACCCACAAGUGCCAGCUCCCUGAAGAUGUGGACCCCACGUCGGUCACCUCCGCCCUGGGGGCAGACGGCUCCCUGACCAUCAAGGCGAGGAGAGGCCCGGCCAAACCACCAGAGCAAGUGCAGCAGACCUUCCGGACUGAGAUAAAAAUAUGACCUCUGGAGUGGUUUGGGCGGGCAGGCAAGCGGGCAGGGAGCCGGGCUAGGCAGGUGGGGGUGGAAAGCAGAUCUGUCCUUGGUGUUCUCCUUCGUCAAUACGAGAUGUUUUGGUUUGUUAUCCGUGACUGAAGGUCAAAGGGAUGCCGGCAAAGAGCCCAGCGGCAAAAGCUGCCCUUCCCCCCUUGGAAACAGAAAGGAUGCCACAGCUUUUGCCAGCAGGAACAGCAAAGCUGGAGGGCAGCUGGAGCUGAACUUUCCAAUUCUAUGGCCAGCAAUUCAAUGAACGUUGAAGGGAAAUACUCCCCCACCCCAAACAGAGGAGGUUGUUGAUAUGAAGCAUAUAUGGUAGGGAGUCCAUCCCACAGUGCUUGCUUCUGACGAACGUGCUUAGGAGGACCGAACACUGUCCAAACAUUCAGGAGGUUUAAAUGGUACAUGUUAAUAUGCUAGUUCGUUAUUUUCCCUUCCCUGCUGCCUUUGCUCCCCGUCAGAUCCAGCUACGUCCACUAACGAAAAUGUUGAGGAGAAACAAAAGAUGUAUAAACAUUUAAACUUUAAUUAUACAAAGCGACUCCCUUGCAAGUCAUGCCCC